UCAGGCGUCGCGUCGCGGGCGGGCGCGGCGGCACGAGCAGGCAAGCGGCGCAGGCAAGGCGCGCGCGCAAUAGUGUAUCGGCCGCGAGACACAGAGCCCGCUUUUAUAUUGAAUCGACCUUAUUUACACAAUCCAAUCCUGAGCGGGAGGUCGAUAAACCUUACGUAUAUACCUACACGCAGUGUCAGUACUAGUUCACCUCUCCUACCCGUAUCGACUUGUUUAUUUUUUAUGGAACAAAUUCAACAGCUGACAACAUGGUCGUAGUGAAGAUUACGGAAGAUAUCAAAGUAGGCGGCGACAAUCCGUGUUUUAUUAUAGCAGAAGUCGGACAAAAUCAUCAAGGUGACAUUGAAAUAGCGAAAAAAUUGAUAAAAGCAGCCAAGGAUUCGGGUGCGAGUUGUGUUAAAUUUCAAAAGACAUGUCUCAAAGAGAAAUUCACAUCGAAGUAUUUGGAAAGGCCAUAUGACAAUCCCAAUUCAUGGGGCAAAACUUACGGCGAACAUAAGACGCAUCUUGAAUUCACAGAGGCGCAGUACAGAGAAUUGUUUAAAUAUGCGCAGGAGAUCGGAAUACUGUUCACCGCAUCAGCAAUGGAUAUGGUGUCAUUCGACUUUCUUGUCAACAUCAAAGUACCCUUUAUCAAGAUAAGUUCAGGUGACUCGAACAAUUCGUUGUUCUUGAAAUACGCUGCGUCGAAGAAGGUCCCCUUGAUCAUAUCAACUGGAAUGGUGGAUAAAAAGGCUGUCAAAACUAUUUACGAUAUAAUAUCGGCUCAGCACAAGCAGUUCUGUCUUCUGCAUUGUAUCUCUGCUUACCCUGUACCCUUCGAGGAUUGCAAUUUAACAGUUCUACAAGACUACAUGAACUCUUUUGAUGUACCUGUGGGGUAUUCCGGACAAGAACUCGGCACCGCAGUGGCAUUGGGCGCUGUCGCACUCGGCGCUAAGGUGUUGGAGAAGCAUAUAACACUGGACAAGUCGAUGAAGGGAACUGACCACGUGUGCUCGCUCACACCCACAGAGUUCCAGCAGCUGGUGCGUGACGUCAGAGUCAUAGAAGCUGCAUUAGGGAACCCUAUUAAGAAAGUUGUCACUUCAGAAAUACCAUGCAUUGAUAAACUUCAAAAGUCGUUAGUUAUGGGUAGUACGAAAAACAAAGGUGAAAUCUUAUAUCCAGGCGACGUUAAGAUAAAAGUGGCUGAACCUAAAGGAUUGAACGCGUUGCAUUUCGAAGAGGUUAUUUACAAAACUCUGGUAUACGAUAAGAAGGAAGACGAGCCUCUCAACGAAGGAGAUUUCUGUUAACUCUAAUUCCAAAUUAAUUACGAAUACACAAAGAAUUAUGCAGCAAUAUACAACGAAUUAAUUUAGAUUAAGCUUUUAUACUUUUAAUGUGAUAUAUAAAGUUUUUAAUAUCUAUCAAUUUAUGUAGAAUCAUGAACCAUAAUAUUGACCUUGUUGUGUACAAAGAUGUCAAGGUCAAAGUAAAAUAAAGCGUCGACAAGCCUUUUUAUAAAAUAUCAUUCGUCUGUUAUAGCGUCAUAAUAUCUUAAAAUAUAUGCAAUGUUUUAUAACUCAUCCGAAUUUUCUAUUGUAUCUUUUAAUUAUUAUUUAAUAAGACUUUUAACUAUUGUUAAUUAA